GCCCGUUUCCUUCAUCCAGCCUGCACGCAGCAACAGCAAUAGCAAUAGCAACAGCACGAUAUGAUCGGUCUCGUUCGCCCAGCUUCCCGCUCGCUCUAUCACCACGGCGCCCGCUGGAUGUCUUCCGCGGCACCCGCCCCAGCCCGGCGUGAGGGAGGCUUCGUUCGUGGCAGCAUCAUCGGAUUCCUCCUUGGACUGACUUUGGCCGGGAGCACGGCCUAUGUCUACCUCGUUGACGACUACAACAAGUCUUCGCUUUCGCUGCUGUCCUCAGUCGAGGAUCUGCAAAAGUCCACCAGCAAGAUCAGUGGCUAUUCCAAGAAGAUCGAAAUCGUCGAGGGCCGUCUUAAAGAGCACGUUGCUCAGGCCGCCACCAAGUCUGAAGUCGAGGCUCUCCGCAACGAGCUGCUGAAGCUGAUCGACAAUGCCAAUGUCGCUCAUCUCGAACUGAAGACCGAGGUCUGGGAUCUCUCCAAAGACAUCAAGAAACCGUGAGCACAUUUCCACCGCAAACGCACCAUGACGUCGAUCCGACCCGCCAUGGAAGCGCGCAUCUUUGCAGACCUCGGCGUCUCUGGAAAUACAAUAUUCUGUCAAAGAACUGGAGACCAGACCCAGACCCAGGAUCUCUCUGUACAUACUUUGUACAUCUGGCAAAAUAUAGUAUCAUUCGGAAGGGCGAGGGCAGAGAGUAAUGGGCUUCACUUGUGUGUGCCAUAUCGCACUCGCCGUUGCAAUCCGGAUUGCGGGGUGUCUGUUGCUGUCGCAGAUCGACCUCAACCAAGCUUUCACCUGAUCUCGAUUUUUCG